AUGUCCGACUUAUACAAAAGGAUGAAUCAGCAGAAGAUUGGCUUACAAGCUAAUAAAUUUUCAUCCCCUAAUAACGACAGAUCGAGAGGAAAUGGUAAAGAAAGAUCAAAUCCGAUAGUGACUCACUCUGCUAAGUACACCACCUCCAGUCUCACUUCUUCAUUUGCUGUAAAUCGGAGAUUAAUGGCACAAAGAAGUGAUCAAGCUUAUGAUACUCCAGCAAGUAAGCCAAAGAAGAAUAUAUAUUCAAAUCUGAUUCUUAAUGGAAACUCAAUGAAUCAAAGUAAAAAACCAUAUGCCCCUAACCAGACAUUUACAAGAAAGGGCGGAAGUGAUCAUGACUUUAGUAAAGGAUCCAUUGUCUCAGAAAAUGAAAUCCUCUCCUCUAAAAUGGGGCCUAAAAACCAAAAGAAUCUGAACAUCAUAGAUGCUAACAAGACACACUCUGGUGGGAGUUUCUACAAUAAUGUGGGGAACAAGAUCAGCAAAGUAACUUCAAAUUCUUCCAGCAAGUCUCAACUGAAUUCCCAGUUCUUUGUGCAGAGGAAUUCCAAAAAUGUCAAAUACAAACAAGAAUCACUGAAAAAUCCGAAGAGAUCGCAUCCCAAUGAACAAAAUUUCACAAAAAUGAAGAUUAACCAGAGAGUAGAAAGAGAGACAUCGAAAGGAAGCAGAAAACCAAACUAUUACUCCAAUGAUAAUGACCUGGGAAUCAAAGGAACUUACCCUGGCUCCAAGCAAAUUACUACAAAUAAAUGAAGAAGUUAUGGGUUUAGAGACCAAUCAAAGAAGAAAGAGACUGUCAUAGUUGCAAGGAAUUCUAGAGCUUCUACUACCCAUGGGUCUGGUAGCAAUCGUACGAAUACCUCUACAGGACUCAGAAGGAAUGCUAAUAACACACUUAUAAAUACUAAUAAUCCAGAUAGUAGAAAAAUUGCUUUGAGCCACUUAGAAAGAGGAGAAUCUGCAGAGAAUGGGCAAACAAACUCCAAAAAUAUCAUGAAUGAGAUAACAAGAAGAAGGUUCUCCAAAGAGAAAGUUGUAGGAAAAGAAUUAAUCAAAAAUAUUACCAAGAAUACAUCUAAAGUUCUAAAAGCAAAAUAUGGAGAAAGCCAUAGUAUUGAUAGUCGAAUAGGCAGUAAUUUACCUACUACUCAGACAUGAAUCGAUUUUAACAAGAAUCAUAACAAUAAAGGUCCGAACUUAUUAAGCAAUGCUCUACUUGAGAAUCAGAAAAUCUCCUCUUCAACAUCAAACUUGAAUAAGGAUAAAACUAGGAGAGAGGAUCAAUUUCAAAAGGAGAAAAGUCCAAACACCAGUGAACGUAUCUACAUUGAGAAGAAACAAAUGUGGAAUUCAGUAGGCCCAAAAAUGAAAGAGAAGAGUUCCUUCCUAAACAAAACUACGAUAGAUCCAAAAACUCCUCAAGUUGAGAGAACCAAUUCUCAUUCUCAAGAUGAAAAAUUAAUGAGAAUAGGAAGUGCUCAGAACUCUAUAACAAACAUGAGGUCUAGCUCGACUGAAGCCUCUGUAAAAGAUCUGAUCACAAUUCAUGUGAUUGAUCCAGUCACAAAAGUAAAGAAGGAAUUCAAAUGUAACAAAUUUAUCCUCCAAGAAGAAAUGAAAUGAUUUACUAAGUACAUCAAGUCUCUUGAGAAAGAUAAGUACGGCAAAUAGAAAGGACCCUGAAAUAAAAGGAAUAGAUGAUUUAGAGAUUACCGUUCACUGUCAGAUCCAUAUCUUCAAAUGGCUAAUGGAUUACCUAAACGGUCCCAAAGAUACAUUCAAGCUCACUUUUAAAUAAUAUUCACUCGAUUUUGAUGUCUAGUGAUUAUUUGGAGAUGCCGAACCUUACAGAAAUGUGCCUUGAGUAUAUAGUAAACAAUAUUGAGAAGCUACUAGCUCUUAAAGAGCCUCUUCCGCCCUAUAAGUCCCAUAUUGCAAAGAAUAUUGCAAGGAAAUUCUGUGAGAAACAGCUAGAUGAAUAUCUGGACUCACUUGUCGACGAUAAAGAUAUAAUCCUGUCAAGGUUGUACAAGAAGAAGCUAGAACUAUACUUUGAAAACUCAAAGAACAUGUUGUUUAAGUGCAAGUUAUGAAAUGAGCUUUACACUGAGACCCAAAGAGAGGUGUUUAACUGUCCUUCCAAUUCGAAUAUAUUAAUAGGCCACAGAGGAGAACUCAAAUCAUACCACGUAGCUGACCAUUUAUGGGACCUUAAUGAAUAUGUUAUGCAGCAUAGAGAGAACAGGAUGCAGUGGAAAGAAAUUUACUGGAAGAUGUGGGCAAGAACCAAGAUUUUUAAAUGCUCCCUUUGAAAUGAGCACUUUAAGCCUAUCAAUAUGAAAAGUUCAUGCAAAUUUCAUUUGGAAGAUCUUAAAUGAUUGUAUGGAGAAAAUAGAGGGGUAUAUAAAUGCUGCAAUUAUGAAGUAAAACAAUUUGAGAUUGGAAUAACUAUUGAUGAGGUUACCAAUACUGAUAUUACCAAACUGGGGACUAAAACUCCAGAAGUUCCUAAUAUAAUUGAUCCAAGAAAUAAUGGAUGCCAGAGAAGAGAUCACGUAAUUGAUCUCAAUGAUAAAAUGUAUUUAUCCCCUGAAGCAAACCCAAAAACUGAAAGUGAACUAAAUUGGAAUUGUAUCAGUUUCCAACAAGACCUUAAUCACUUCAACAGAAAUAUGGAUAUAAUCCUAAGAAUCUCUAACAUUCCUGACGUUUGAUCAAUAGCAAGGCUGCCUAACACCAACCUUGAAGAUAACUUAGAAGAGCUUGAUGAUAUUUUCAUUGAGUUCAAAUCGAGGUAUGUCAUAGAGAGAGCCAAGAAGCUAAUCCCUGAUAAAAUUACUCGACCUGAAGGAAGUCAAGGGUCUCCAUGAAGUAUCAAAAAGAUAAAGAAGAAGAAAGUAAACUGGAGACUUGAUGCUCUCAGGUAUGAUGACAUAGACUUCAUGAGUUCUCUCAUAAAACAAGUCAAGGCAAAAAGACAAUAAUAAAUUUUAUUUCAUAAUUCUAUUAAUAUUUUACAA